AUGGUACGGGUUACCAUAACGAUUCCAUACCACGACGGACUACGUACCUCCUGUGCUGUCCACUCGUCAGCUCUCAAACUUCGAUUGAAGUGCUCCAACCUGCUGGACAUCAGUGACCUUCAAGUGACCUCUGGGUUUGGCUUUGUAUCCAAUGAUACCAGGAACCAUAACUCCCUAGGACUAGAGCCGAACCAGUUUAGCUUGACACUGAGGGGUGAUUCAACACUGAGGUUCUACAGGAACUUAGACUUGGAGUCGUGCCUGUGGGAGUUUGAUGGCUAUUUUGACAUGUCCGAGCUUGUGUCGGUAUGCGGAGGAGAAAUCUCCACAGAUGGGCAGGUGAGUGUUCAAGAUUGUCUGUUUACACCUUUUCAAAGUGAGUUAAAAUGUGAUAAAAAGAAAAAAAAUGACCAAAAUACUUAUAACAGAAAAAUUUCUAUGAAAUAUUAA